AUGGUAUUGUCGCUGUUAGUGCAGCCGGGAAUGAAGGACCCGAGCAUGUGGUUUCUUGACCACAACUAUCAUGAACCAAUGUUUUCCACGUUCAAGGGAAUCAAUGCCAAGGAGCAUGUGGUUGGAUGGUACAGCACAGGACCAACACUGCAGGAGAACGACCUAGAUAUUCCCGGACUGUUCCAUGACUAUGCUCCUAAUCCUGUCUUAGUCAUAAUUGAUGUCCAACCAAAGGAGAUAGGAAUUCCCACCAAGGCUUAUUAUGCUGUUGAGGAAGUGAAAGAGAGUGCAACCCAGAAAAGCCAGAAUGGAGGCAUUGACCAGUUUGAGCUAGAGGAUGGAUACUCAAUGCCAGCUACACAGACGUUGCCUACUGUUUCACAUGAUCAUGCUGCCGUCAUUCCACCUAUGGUCACACCAGUUACCGUUAUUGAGGAUCCUCAUUCUCGUAUGGACAGACUCGAGCAGAGGAUUAGACGGAUGAGAGAUCUUGAUGAGAUGAUUUCAUGGGAUGACCCCGGCGACGUGCCAGUGGCCACUUUGCCAGUCGUUGCUCACUUUGUUCCCAUUGUCAUUGAGCGGCACGACACAGAGAUGGUACGCUUCAUUAGAGACAUCUCGUCGGAGAACUUGGGAGGACUUAGCACAGGAGUUUCUGAGACAGUAUUCCUUCAGUGGUGA